CGUUUAAAAACGUCUUAGUGAGAGUAAAAGAGAAAGAUUCGGCUUUCGCGGUAGGCUCUCUGGGCGGCUACCGGGAAAAUCGAAAUUCGUCAAUUGCGGGCAUUUUUCUCUGUCACUCUAAUUACGUGUUAGUGAGAGUAAAAGAGCUUAUAACCGCGAAAAUCGAAGUUCGUCAAUUGCGUCAAUAUACUUUAGUCUGGUGUUGAUGUUGACAAUUUGGGCAAUUUGGUAAUGUGUUGCCAGGCGUACGAUAGUUAUCGUAUAUGUACGAUAAUUUGGGCUCCGGUACGAUGUACGUUCCAAAGAGCAUUAUCGUACGCAAAAGUACGAUAAUUUCAGCCUUUGGACGAUGCCACCCAACAAGUCUUCAAAUACUCAAGAAAAAUAUGUCACUUUCCCGCAGACAUAGGCUAAAGUUAGCACCAUCUGGGUGUUCGGCUUGGUGUGUCAUGUCAUAAUGUCAUAAAUGAUGAUAAAUGUCGAAAUUUUCUGUUAAGCAUUUGGAUUAUUUUGGAUGUGUUUCGAAAGUGCACCAAUUUAAAACUGAUUUUUGCGCAAUUAAGACGAAAAUUGUGUUUUCUUUGAAUAUAUAUAAAUUUUCGGGGUACUCUCUUUUUGACAGACGUACGAUAUUUUUUUCAAAGGUACGAUAAAUUUCUUCCGCGCACCUGGCAACACUUAUUGGCAAUUUGGCAUGCUUGUUGAGGUUCUUGAUCUUGCAGUGUUGACAAUAAUGAUUAAAUUGAAAAUAUCUUGUAUAUUCAUAAAAAUAAAUGACAUACACAGUGUAAUAAAAAAAUUAUGACUAAACUAAAUUUACUAAAUAUGUGUGACAUUAUGCUAGUUAUAUUUACUACGCAAGGAUACAAAAUAUAAACACAUUUUUUGGUUAGGUUAGGAUAGUUAAGCGGUUAUAAAGUUUGUAAACAUGAAUAAAAUUAUAAAAAAGCUGGAGAGGACAUUUGAAGAUGUUACUGACAUAACUGACCCCUCGAGUAUGGACAAGGUGCUGGCCAUUUUCGAACAAUAUCGACUAGAAGACGACGAAUUUAUGCAGUUAUUAGCAGAUAAGCUACAUGGAGUUGAAGUAACAUGGGAACGGCCUCCAUACCAACUGAGCGACCGCUUAACUGAAAAGCCACCUCCUGAAGAAGAAGAGCUAUGUGCCAGAGGACGCUUCACAAAAGCAGAAGGUGAAUUAGUUAAAAAAAACUGGAAAAGCUUUGUACAACAAUAUAAUGUUCCUGAUAAACCAAUAUGCUAUGCACGGUGGAAGAACUAUAAGAGGAACCUGCAUCAUAAUCCAGAGGCACGUGCACGCAGGUAUGUGGCUGCAUACCUCUCCCAAGGACUGCACAGGAACCUGUACCAAGUUUAUAAAUAUUUCCGGAAAACUUAUGCAUAUCCAGUGAAACUUGGGAAGCACACUCCUAUAGAGGAGAAGAUCAUGGAAAUUUGUUUCUUUCACCAGCCCAAAGAUGUCUGUGUGGUCGCGGCCAUGGUGCUGAGCCGCGAACCUCGGGCCAUUUUUAAACAACUAACUUACUAUUACCAAGGACAACCUGAGCCACAGAAGGUUAUCAAAUGGACAUUAGAAUUAGCAGCCAAAUUAAUUCGUCUUUUGAUGAAAUAUUCUGAAUGUAGUUUCAAAAAAUUGAAAUAUAAUACAUUUGACCAACAGGUGUGGGUUAAAGUAGGGAAGAAAAUGGGCCAACCUUAUAGGAACUUGCGUGAAUUUUGGUUCGGCAAAUUACAUGUGCAACUGUUUGCUAAGUGUGCUAUAAAAUUGAAGACACUACGUAAAGUUAUUUUUAAAAAGCUAAAAAAAUCACCGUAUGAAGUUUGGACCGAUAUUCGUUGGAAGGAUUUUAAUAAGGAAUUCCCAGAUGGUUUCACUUACCAGUUCUUGUACAACGUUGCCAAGGCAUCUUUCCGAGGGCAGCGCAGCUACCGCAAGGCUCCUCUGCACGAGGUCAUGGAGCAAGCUGUUGAAAACAAUAAACAAAGAAAACAGAAUAGACGGCUAAAAUCGCUUAAAUACGAUAAAUCUGAUGGGACUCUCACAUUUAUCAACUAUGAUAUAUCUAUGAAACAAUUGAUGAAAGAAAUGUCAAUAAAUCUUUGACCUUUGA